GACACGUGGCCGCUCUAGGACAGACACGUUUUUUCUCCUUUAUGAUGACUUCCGUUUCAUCGGCCCUGUGGUUGUUAGAACGGUGGAGACAGUGAAGAAGCCGCCAUCAUGAUGAACAGCGGUGGGAUCGGGGUGCCGCUUGGCUUCCCUUUGACGCCGACUUCAGUUAUUCAGGUCACCAAUUUAUCCUCGGCAGUCACUAGCGAGCAGAUGAGGACGCUUUUCGGUUUCUUAGGCGACAUCGAGGAGUUACGCCUCUACCCUCCGGACAAUGCACCACUCGCGUUUUCCUCCAAAGUAUGUUAUAUUAAAUUUCGGGAAUCUUCAAGUGUUGGUGUGGCCCAGCAUCUAACAAACACGGUUUUUAUUGACAGAGCUCUGAUAGUUGUGCCCUGUGCAGAAGGUAAAAUUCCAGAUGAAGCCAAAGCUCUGUCUCUCUUGGCUCCUGCUCCUACGAUGACGAGUCUGAUUCCUGGUGGAGGAUUGCUUCCUAUACCAACACCACCUGUGAGUUCGAUUGGAAUUCCCCUUAGUUCACUGGGAGCUAUACCAGCAGCAGCGUUGGAUCAUAACAUUACAGCAAUUGGAGACAUACCCCAGCCACCUAUUAUGGGCAAUGUGGAUCCUUCCAAGAUUGAUGAGAUUAGAAGGACUGUGUAUGUUGGAAACUUGAAUUCCCAGACUACUACAGCUGACCAGUUGCUUGAGUUUUUUAAACAAGUUGGAGAAGUCAAGUUUGUGCGGAUGGCAGGUGAUGAGACUCAACCAACACGCUUUGCUUUUGUGGAAUUUGCUGAUCAAAACUCAGUACCUCGAGCCCUUGCCUUUAAUGGAGUUGUAUUUGGAGACAGACCGUUGAAAAUAAAUCACUCCAAUAAUGCAAUAGUGAAGCCUCCUGAAAUGACUCCACAGGCUGCUGCUAAGGAAUUAGAAGAAGUGAUGAAGAGAGUGCGAGAAGCCCAGUCUUUUAUAUCUGCUGCUAUUGAGCCAGAGUCUGGAAAGAGCAUUGAAAGGAAAGGUGGUCGAUCGCGCUCCCAUUCACGUUCAGAGUCCAGAUCUAGUUCAAAAUCUCGAAGGAAAAGAUCACUCUCGAAACGCAGAAGUAGAUCCCGUGACAGAUCCCGCUCUAGUCAGAAGGACAGGCGCAGAUCCAGAAGUCCAGUCAAAAAACGAUCGAAAUCUAAAGAACGCCGGAGAUCAAGAAGCCGUUCUCAUUCUCGAGAGAAGAGGAAGGAAAGCAAAGAGCGGAUCAGAGAAAAAGAGAAGAUUCGUGAGAAAGACAAAGAUAAGGAAAGGGAGAAGGAUCGGGAGAAGGACAAAGAGAAGACCCGAGACAAAGAGAGAGGCAGAGAAAGAGAGAGAGACAAGGAGAGGAUGAAAGAUAGGGACAAAGAUAGAGUGAAAGAUAAGGACAGGGAUAGAGAGAAGGACCGAGAAAAGGAAAAAGACAGGGAGAAGGAAAAAAACAAGGAGAAGGUAGAAAAAGAUAAGGUAGAGGAUUUGGACAAAGAAGGAGAAGGGGGCAAAGAGAGGGAAACAGAGAAGGAGGGAGACAAAGACAAAGAUGACAAAGAACAGCCAAAGGAAGAAAAGGAGAAAGAGCAAGAGAAAGAAAGAGAGGGAGAGAAGAACAGUGAAAAAGAAAGACAGAAAGACAUAGAGAAGACAAGAGAGAAGGAUAAAGAUCGGGACCGAGAGAAAGAAAGAGAAAGAGAUGAAAAAAAGAAAAAGGAAAAGAGAUCCCGGACACCCCCAAGAAGCUACAGUUCUUCAAGACGUUCACGUAGUUCCAGCAGAGACAGGCGGAAAAGGAAGAGCCAAAGUCCCUCCAAGUCUCCAAGACCAUCCAAAACCACAAAAAGGAAAUCUUCCCGGUCUCCGUCUCCUAAAAGAAACAAGAAAGACAAAAAGACAGAGAAGGACAGAGACUUGAGUAAUGAUAGGAGAGAGAGGGAGAGAUCUACCUCCAAGAAAAAGAGCAGCAAAGACAAAGAUGUUAAAGAGAAGUCUGAUAAAACCACCACUUUGAAGGAUAAAGAUCUAAGUAGAGAGAAUCCAAGUUCUGAACUUGACAAAACAGAAGAGGAGAAUACAGCUGCUGCGGAAGAAGAUCGAUUACAGCACAAUGGGAACUGUCAACCGAAUGAAGAAAACAUCUCAGUUAAGACAGAAGAAGUGUAGAGUACUGAAAGGACAUCUUGCCCAGCUGUGGAAAGAAGUGCAAAGAUUUUUUCCUGUCCUUGAAGUUCAUCUAAAGAGGAUAAAAAUCACCAAACAAUCAAUUGGACAUGUUAUAUUGUGUUGGCAGCUCUUCCGGUUCUUGGAGAGGUUUGGUCAUCUUGAAGACAAGAAAUAGAACUGACUAAUAUGAUAGGCUAUGUGAAAAGCCAACAGCUUCAGCUCUGAUUGUUCAAAGAAAUCUGUGCAUUUCUAUGAUGACAAGAUUGGCCAAUAGCUGUUACAAAUAUGUGGAUAUCUGCAACCCAGAAGAAUUGCUGGGGUUGCAUUGAAAGUUCUUAAAAUAUUAGUAGUUUAAUGAAUUUCUGUUCUGCUUUAUGGGUUUUCAAAAUUAAAAUUAAUGUGAUAUGUUUUGAUGAUGUGCUUAAAAAUGGUGCAGAAAUAAACAUGCUUCCCUUGUUGUUGUAAAUGACAGUGAUGAAAACUUUUAGCCUAACACAGUUUUACAGUUGUUGUGUUUAUGCCUACAGAGGCAAGUGAAGAUUCUUCCUUUGUUGCUUGUAACUUUCUUACUAUAUUUUUAAGUAUUUUGCUUAAAAUAAGUCUAAGAUCUUUCUCUUACUAGUAGUUGAUGAAUGCAUGCUAAUGUUCUGAUUCUAGAAAGAACAGCCAUGUUUAUACUGGAUUUCCGUUCUGCCAACUAUAAGCACAUCUAUGUAUUAAAUUCCAAGCUGGCUUGUUUUUAAUUAUUUUGCAAUGUGCCCAGUUAAUACUGUCCAAAUGAGGACAGAUACCGUGAGAAUAAUAAAUAUUUUGCUUUUGAAAUGGGA